AAAAUUUCGUCGGCCUUCGCAUGGAGUUGCAAACUGUGCAAACAAGCUCGGCGCCUACUUAAGCGCUCCCGCUGGGCUUACCGAAGUAUAACCAAGUCAAGCAUCGACAAGACAUCGCAAGACUUCGACAGUUCCCAAUCUCAAUCUCAACAUGAAGCUAAUCUCGAUGACCUGCGUUUUGUGCCUGGUGGUUCUCUGCUGCCUGGAUGAUGCUAAGGCCCAGGACGCUUCGACCAGCAGCCCGAGCAGCACCAAUACUGGAAACGCCAAGAACGUGUAUGUAACCAAUUUGAGGUACACUGCUGUCAGGCGGAUCCGUGUGGGCAGCUCCACCAUCAGCAGUGUAACCACCCGCAGUGCCUCAGUGGGUAACAGGAACCUGAGGGCCAAGCGUUCCAAGGGUAAGGCUCUGAAUGGUCGCAGGGCCAGGAGCUAAGCACUUUGGGAAGGAUCCUCAUCCGUUUUUCUAUGCUCUGGCCAUGUUAUCUAUUCAGCUAAAAGUCAAUGUUUUAUUUUGAGCUCGUUCUAAACACACAAAAACACUUAAGUUUAUCGACGGGUGAAUUAAAUUAUAUAAAUACGUAACUUGUACU